AUGAUGAACGAAUUGGAAGCCAGCGAUUUGCUGGUUGAGUUGGGUCAAUCAUUAAAAAAACGCAUUUCAGAGGAUUCAAAGGAAAUUGGAGAUGGAUUGGAGUUCUUUGAUACAAUGUCAGAAACAGAAUGGAAAAGUGCACGUCUCUCUUCAAGUCACAGUGAUGAUAUUGGAGACCUGAACGAUGCGCUGCGGGUCCAACAACUGGAAGAGGAGCAGGAACGGCUCAAUAACUCAUUAUUCUCACUCAGUUCUCAUUUCGCUCAAGUGCAAUUUCGGAUAAAACAAAUGAAUGAAGCCGAGCCUCAUGAUAGAGAGAAACUGCUCAUGGAGCUACAAGACUUUGCUUUCAAAGGAUGUACAGACAUGAAUGAACUUCAAAGGUUACGAAGUGAGAGUGAAAGUGGAAACGAAGUGCUAGAAAAACAGAACGAAAGACAAAAAAAGCUUCUCAAACAACUACGGGAGCAAGUGGAAGAUUUGGAAAGGACCGCUUAUGAAAACGGAGAAGGAGCAUUGCCAAGCAUCGAUAUUCUGAAGAAACAAAAAGCUGUUUUGGAUAAGCUCCAAGAAAAAAUUGAACUGAAUCUAGAUAUUGACAAAAUGAACCAAACAGAAAUACAACGCCAGGUAGAUGAUGCAUUAAAACAACUUGUGAAUCCAUUCAAGGAAAAAGGCCAAUUGGUAGACCAGCUGCAAACCCAAAUUACAGACUUGGAACGUUUUGUGAAUUUCCUGCAGAAGGAAAAUUCUGAAUGUUCAAAUCAGACGACACCAGUCAGAAGUAUGGGAUCGACUCCUUUAGCAAGUGCUAAAUCUAAAAAUACGUCGUUUUUGAGUGGAAUCAUCGGUUGUUCAACAGGGAGGUUUCAGAAAAACCAGUUGAAGAAUACUCUGAAAGGAAAUCAUUAUGGUGACGAGCGAGCGCAUGUGCAGCUUGCGGUAGACGCGACUCAACAAAUUCUGGAAAAGUAUACCCUGCUGUCAUUUGACCCCAACUUGAAGGGACAAGUGGAGGAAGUUCAAGAAGUGGAAAAUGACGACGUUUUCGAACUCUCCGAAGAAGAAGUGGUGACUGUUGUUCGAAAACAGCUGUGUCCCGCAUUGAAAGCUCUUUUGGAGCAUGGAAUGCUUGCAGAGACCGUUGUGCACAAAAGGAUUCCAGGGCUUGGAUGCUUUGUUGCGAAAACGGCAAAUGAUGAGAAGGCAACAUGUUUGAGUCAUAUUUGGGAUGUUAUAAUUUAUUUCUACAGCUUAAAAACAGGCAGGGACACAACUGAUGCCCCUGUUAGAAAACUCAGCCAGUCGUUCAAACUGGAUCAUGUUGGCGGCAGAAGUAUCACAUCGAAACAAGUUCUUUUAACAACAAUAGAGAACAUUAUUUCGACACAUGAGCGACUGAAAAGAUCAAAAGAUGCACACUGGAAAGCAUUUGUAUCUGCUGCGAUGAACGAGAAAAAACUUCCAGCAUGGCUCAGGUACAUUAUGAAAUGCUUUAAAUGUUACAACUCUGUUUUUAGAAUAAUCUUCCGAACAAGACAGGUCGUCGAGAUGUGUUACAAUUCAUGGAGUUACGUAGCGAGAACUGGUUGCGAAGAACUCUACACGUUGCUGGAAGGCUUGCACAAAUACAGUAUCCAUUUACCGGUCGACUUGGCUUUGAGGCCUUUUGAACAAAUCAAGGACGCGUUUUGA